AUGGAACUCAACAGAAUUCUUAGGCCUGGAGGGUUUUUUGUCUGGUCAGCCACACCAGUUUACCGUGAGGAUGAAAGAGAUCAGAAUGUCUGGAAGGCUAUGGUGGCUCUGACUGAAGCAAUUUGCUGGAAGGUAGUAGCUAAGACCGUAGAUUCAUCUGGAAUUGGGCUAGUUAUGUAUCAAAAGCCUGUUCAAUCUUCCUGCUAUGAAAAGUGCAAAGAAAAUAACCCACCAUUGUGCAAUUUGAAUAACAGACCAAAAAUUUCAUGGUAUGUUCCGCUUGACAGUUGUCUUCCCCCACUUCCAGGAGCAAGCAUGGGUGACUCAUCCAGCUGGCCCUCACCCUGGCCUGAAAGACUGCGCAGUAAACCUCCAAGCGUAUCCGCUGAACGAGAUACUGAAGAUAUCUUUUAUGAGGACACCAAACAAUGGUCCACACUUGUCUCAGAUUUUUAUCUGGGAGGCCUUGGUAUAAACUGGUCAAGUAUAAGGAAUGUGAUGGAUAUGAAUGCCAACUAUGGAGGAUUUGCUGCUGCACUUAUUGACCUACCUCUAUGGGUAAUGAAUGUCAUCCCCAUUGACGGGCCAGAUACUUUGUCUGUUAUCUUUGAUAGAGGGCUGAUCGGAAUCUAUCACGACUGGUGUGAGUCUUUUAAUACCUACCCUCGAACCUAUGAUCUCCUGCAUUCCAGUUUCCUCAUCAGAAACCUAAUCCAAAGAUGUGACAUAAAAGAUGUGGCAGUUGAGAUGGAUCGGAUACUGAGACCUGGUGGCAUUCUUUUACUUCAGGAUACCAAGGAAAUGAUUAACAAGCUAAGUCCAAUUUUGCGCUCAAUUCACUGGUCAGUAACUUUACAUCAGGAGCAGUUUCUCAUCGGCAUCAACCAUUUUUGUAUCUGGCUCCGCAAGCAGUACAGCCUAAACUGCCAGUUGAAUGGCAUCAGAUAGCGAUAAUGUGAACUGCCAUACGCCCCUAUUGGAGGGACCCAAGAAGGGGUGAAGGAUGGAGGAAGAAAGGAGAGAAGGGAUACAGCAGCUGCU